AUGCUGCGAUACCCACGUCAAGACGAUACGCAGGAUGAAACUAGUGUAUCACAGACCACGAUUGUUGAUUGGUUCAAUUUUUGCCGUGAGGUCUGUGUGUUCUGGGCUGAGAAACACAGCGAAAAGCUUGGUGGCCCAGGACGCACAGUUGAAAUAGACGAGGCAAAAUUUGGACGACAAAAAUACAAUCGUGGUCGACUGAUCAAAGGUCAGUGGAUUUUCGGAGGAUACGAGCGAGAUACGAAAAAAAUUUUCAUCGUUCCAGUGGAGGAUCGGACAGAAAAAACGCUCCUGGCAUGCAUCAAACAGUGGAUCAUGCCAGGAACAACGGUUGUGUCAGAUUGUUGGAAGUCUUACAAUUGUUUAAGCAAUAAGGGCUUCCAACAUCUGACAGUCAACCAUUCUUACAACUUUGUCGAUCCUGAAACCGGCGCACAUACUCAACAUAUAGAACGCGUUUGGAGAGAAGUUCGGGGAAAUAUACCAAAGUUUGGAACAAAAUCCGAACAUUUUAUUGGAUAUUUGUCCGAAUUUCUGUUCAAACGCGUCUAUAGCCGGCUGGAACGAAUAGAAGUUUUUUUUUAA